GCGCAACGCCGGCUGGAGCCGGGCGCCGCGUCCGCUCCGGAUAGGACGGAACCCUGGGUUGGCCAGUUCUGCUCCGGGCCGCCCCUGACUCGGAAGGGGUGCGGGGUUAGGGGCUCUGGGCCUCUCGGUUAACGAGCUGCGGGGGUUGCGGCGGGCUAGUGACAGGCGCGCGCCUGGGAAUCGCCGGUGCCGCUUUGCUUGGGAGCACUCGAACUGGCGCCCGUUAGACACGAUCCAAGGCUGGUUGAAUGUGACCAUUCAGAACCAUGGAUACAGAGGGCCAAGUAUAAAGUUAUACGUGGAUUUUGGACUGCGAAGAGGUUGACACCCCUAACCCCCAAGUUGUUCAAAGGAAGACGUGAUUUUCAAAGCUAAUUAUGAAAACAUUUGUCAUUGGAAUCAGUGGUGUGACCAAUGGUGGGAAGACAACACUGGCCAAGAAUUUGCAGAAACGCCUCCAAAACUGCAGUGUUAUAUCUCAGGAUGAUUUCUUUAAGCCGGAGUCUGAGAUACGGACAGAUGAAAAUGGAUUUCUGCAGUAUGAUGUGCUUGAAGCACUUAACAUGGAAAAAAUGAUGUCCGCCAUUUCCUACUGGAUGGAAAGCCCAGCGUACUCUCUGCCGUCAACAAAUGAGAGAAGCCUCGAGGAAAUCCCCAUCUUAAUUAUCGAAGGUUUCCUUCUCUUUAAUUACAAGCCCCUUGACACUAUAUGGAAUAGAAGCUAUUUUCUGACCAUUCCGUAUGAAGAAUGUAAGAGAAGGAGGAGUACAAGGGUCUACGAGCCUCCAGAUGCCCCAGGGUACUUUGAUGGCCACGUGUGGCCCAUGUAUCUAAAGCACAGACAAGAAAUGGAGAACAUCUCGUGGGAAAUUAUUUACCUGGAUGGAACAAAAUCUGAGAAGGACCUCUUUUCACAGGUGUAUGAAGAUCUUAUACAAGAGCUAGCAAAGCAAAAGGGUCUGCAAGUAACAGCAUAAAUUUGGAAUGCCCUGAAUCCUUCCUGGAGUGAGUUAGGAAAUUCAAAGAAAUCUAUUCAAGAACCUUAACCAAGAUACAGUAUGUACUUUGGUACAGAGACAGCUCUUGUUUUGUUUGUUGAUCUGUUUAUUUGUUCUAUCACACAUGGUUUCCCUAACCUGUGGAACAGUGAAUAGCUAUCCAUGACAAUGGACAGGAAUUUGCCUUAAUGAGUUAUUCUCACUCCAAAAAGUGCAAAGAUAUGGCAUAGCUCAGAAACAGGGAUUAAUUUCGCUAGACCAAUGAUUGUCAGACUCUUCUGACUGGGACCCAGAGUAAGAAAUAAGAUGUAGAUCACAACCCAGUAUAUAUGUCAUCUAUUGAUGUAUGUGUUUGUGUGUAUGUGUCUAUAUGUGUGUAUAUGUAUGUGUCUGUAUGUGUUGCAUGUAUCAUAUCAAGUAUCAUAAAACAUUUACCUCACAUGCACUCUUGAAAUUUUUUAUUUCUAAUUUUUUAAAAAUAUUGGUUACCAUCCCAUACCAGUGCCCACCUCCUGCAAAUAAUGGCAUUACCAAGAAUAGCAGUUACAGUGAAUAAAUCAAAUCAAUCACCCAGUAUCUUUUUAUAUGUGUUUUGCCCUUGUUACUGCUGUUAAUUUGUGUGUGUAUGUAUCUGAAACCGCUGAGUCACUUGUGUCACUAUGUCGAGACUUUGUUACAAAUAAGGGUUUUUUAUGUGUGUGUGUUUUAUUUUGUUUUUGUCAAACCCAUGGUCUAAAAUCACAGAAAUAAGUUGCAGUUACUUCAGUGAUACGCAAUACAGGGGACCUUUCAUUGAAAAGCACAAAUAGGAGAUCUGUAUAAUCGUAUAAUUUUUUGAGGCUUCAUUCAAUGCUGGAAUUUAAAUUAUCUACUGUGCUGAUCAACUUGUUACUUAAUAAUAUGAUUAAACAGAUUGUUCACAACCCUUCCGGUCUUUACAAAUAUAAACUGUAAUGUUUCAUUAACUUUAAACAUUCUCUGUAGGCUCCUCUGAUCAGCUCUCAUUACUUCCAUAUUUCUAACUAGCUUGCACUCAGUGAUGAUUAGGGGGUUUUUUGGUCACACACACUACAAAAACAAACAAAAAAUGUGGAUUCAACUAAUAGUUCACCUUUUUAAUAGCUAUAUGACUUGGAUCAAACUGUUUAAAAGUAUUUCUUCUUUGUAAGAUGGGGAUAUCAAGAGUACUCAAUGUGGGUUUAUUGGAGAGUAAGGAUAAAGUUCUAAAUCCAUGACAUGGCCCCCAAGGAAUCCCCUGAUUUAGCUUCUGAGUGCCUCUCUACCCUUACUUCCCGCUGCUGUUCAGCCACUGGAACACUCUCCUCAGACCUACAGGAGACUUCCUGCUCAUGGCAGGCACACGUGCUGCUUCUGAUGCUUAGGGUAAACUUCUGCAACCCUUCCCUGCAACCAGUCUGCUAAUUCCUACUCCUCCUUCAGAUCACCCCUAAACUGCCUCUUCUCAGAGGAUUUCCCUCCUUGUCCCCCCAUAGGUACUCACCAAGCUCCCCUAUUUUUUCUUCAAAGCACUAAUCACAAUUGUAAUUAUACUGCCACUUACAGAAUCACUCAUUUAGUGGCUGUCUGUCCAGCUAGACUAUAAGAUCCUUGAAGGCAGGCCCUACUUCUGUGACUUAGUUACAAACACACCCCUACUAAUUAAUUAGCACAGUGUCUGGCACAUAAUGAACACAAUAAAUGUAAAUGUUGGGUACUUUUUAUAAAUUACUGCUACAUCAGGGAUGAGUUCACAUGCAAGAAAUGUGUCACUUGACUAAUUGUAGCUUAAACUCAUUGGGGUUUUGUUUUGUUUUGCUUUGUUUUUUACAUGACAAAGUCCAAGGCAUGUAGGCCAGGGUUUUUGCAUAGAGUUGUUGUAUUUAGGGGAAAAAAAACAAAAACAAUAUUCUAGGGUACACAGCUAAAUCAGCACUUCAGAUAAACUAUAAAUAACUUUUUAGUGUAAAUCAGUCCCAAAUAUUAGAUAUUUAAGACUGCUGGUUUUCUGAAAUUCAGCAAUUCAGAAGUGUCAUGAGAAAGCCAGGGACUUUCAUCCUUGACUAUCGCCUGAGGUAUCACCAGGAGGUCACAGAGAGGCAGCAGAAGCAUCCCAGCAUAGUGUCGACUACCAAGGCAGGCAGAUGGGUGUAGGGAGGCACAGACAGCCACACGCCUUCCAAAAGCACCCAUCAGUGGUCCCAACAGACUUCCCCAGAUGUCUCCAGGGCCAGAACUGACUCUCAUGGCCACUUCUCACUGCAGAGGAGGCUGGGAAGAGGAUGUUUUGAUAGAUUUGAACCAGUUACCUUUCAUUUCCUGGGGGAUGUUGCCAUGGGGGGAAAAAAAGCUUUUAAGGAAGGAGGAGGAAAUAGGUAACCAACUCCAAGUGUCUACCACAACCUUUUUAUGCGUAUCUUCCCUGGCUAUGAUUUUUUUCAAGCUUAUAUUGUUGUAAUUUGUGUUAUCAGAAAAUUAGGAUUUUUUUUUUAGAAUAAAUCUAGAUAUGAUUUUUCAUAGUUUAUUUCCAAGAAUUUCUGAAAUGCCCUCUUUUCCCCUUCUCCCCGACAUGGAGAGAAUUGAGUGUGAUUGAGAAACGUCACGCUUGACUUUUCUCCCGGUUUCAGCAUGGGAAAAUAGGGCAGAGAGAUACUCUUUAUCUUAAACAAACAAAUAAAAAACAAACAAACAAACUAACAAAAGACUUUAACAGACAUUAAAAGUGGAAACAUUCAAACCAUUUUGGAAAGAAGUAAAUAUUUUUGCUCACUACUACCACUGAGAAAUAAAUCAGGAAUUUGAAAUAAAAUACCAGUGCUUCAUAGCUGUAUGUGUGGUUGCACAUUUAGUUAGUCUUAUCAAAGCAGUUAGAGAUAGUAUAUCUGUUUAGAAAAGCACAUGCUCUUUUUCUAUUGACAAGAAGCAAAUCUGAAGUCUUCACUUUCUCUGCAUGAGUAACCUCAAUCCCUUUAGGAUAAAUUUGCUUUAGGAAGGUUUCAUUGUGCUUGUGGUUAAACACAGAGGGAGUUUAGAAGAGGACCUCAUGCACAGACUGUUACACUAAAGGGGGAGACACAAACCUAACAAGUUACCUUUUAAGGAUAUGCUUGUAGUACAUAGAGUCAUACAAUGUUGGAGCAGUAUUAGCUGGUUCGACACUCUAUUUCAGUGUAGAAAUUAAAACCAGAGCUGGUGACCUACCCAACCCCAUGUGGCUAGUUACUGGCGGGACCAGGGCCAGGCCACAAUUCCUAUACCACACAAAUAUGCACACACACACAUUUUAAAUUUUAAAGCAAAACAAUGGCAGUAAAAUCACUUGCUUGAGUACAUCAUCUCUCCCUCUUUCCUUUGAAGGGAGAAAACUGAGGAGCCUGGAAAGGCAAGGGCUGUGUCAGGGAAAAGUGAAGUUUUCUGUCCUGGGCUACUGGAGCCUAGUCAAGGAGACAAGCCAGCUCAUGAGGUUAUCUGAGGGGCAAGGAGCAGUGGUGAGCUACUGUGAGCUCCACGCCAUUGUCUGCUCUGCUCAUCUCAGGUUUGUGGUGCUAACUGUUCUUUCAAUAACUCCAUGCAUGGAGGAGAGUUAGAAAAGAGAAGGAUAUGGAAUAAGUAGAAUGGGCAUUACUGUCCACUUCUGUGCACACAAAGAAACAACAGAAACAGACGAAAAUUGCAGUAGCAGCUUUGCAGCCCUAAUCAAGGUAGCAUGACCUGCAGAUAAGAGAACGUCAUAAGCAGAAUUUAUCAAAGUGAGCAUAUUAAGUGCAUUCAUACCUUUGAGUCAAGAAACACAUGAUCAGCAUAUUAUUGUAUGCUCCCUGCUAAUUUCCAGAUCCCAGAGAAGUUAGAUUAUUUUCUUAAAAAUUGAGAUUAAAGCUCAUACAAAUAAAUCCUUAUUGACUCUUCCCUUCAAGCCUUUGCAGCAAGUUCUUAGAACUUACUGUUAGAACAGUGGUUCUCAAAUCUUGGCAUACAUCAGAAUCCUUUGGAGGGCUUAUUCUAACACAGAUGCUGGUCCCCAACCCCAGAGGUCCGAUGCAGUCGGUUUAGGGUAGGGCCCUAGAAUCUGCAUUUCUGACAGGUUCCCAGGUGUUAUUGAUAUUGCUGACCCAGGGACUAUUCAUAAUUACUGCUCUGUGGUGGACAAGCAGCAGCUUACAGACCCAGGAGGGCCCACACUGGCUGUUGUUUAGAUGCUAGUGGCCUGAAAUUACUAGUAUUAUCAGCCCCUAAAAAUAUUACAGGAUCACUCUUAUGCCAGUUACUGAUUUUAUUCACUCUUAGCUCCAAAUUCUCCCUUUUUGCUUUAUCUGUGAAAAUGAAUCUGGGCCGUUUAGAUGUUUUUCCCUUGGCCAAGAGGAAUGGUGUUAAGUUUUGUCAAUAGAGGGUGCUGGAGGGAUGUUGCAGGAGAGAGGAUUUUGCUUUUAGGUUCCUGUGGGUUGGCAUCUGUAGAGAGUGCAUCCAGUGAGACAUCUGGGGAGUGGCUUUUCCAUGGCAUCCUAGAGGGUAGAAUUCCCCAAAAUUCCAAAGGGUAGAUUUCUAGCGGAUUUGUUGGCAUUGCACCACAGCUACUUCUCUGACAGUGAGCCAUGGCGGUGCCUUCUCCAGUAAGGUCUGGCUCUCACUUACAAGGAGGGAAGUCGGGGAAACCGAACCUCUUCCUUUGGUGUUCCUUCUCAGUCCUAGGGCAUGUGGCUGUUCCUUGCACCUGUCUUCUUUCGAGUUCUCUUUACUUUUUAGCAGCCAAUACCUUGUUUGUAUUUUAUUCAGAAAAUAAAUAAUUUUAAUUAAUUAAUUAUUACUUGUUUGUAUGUAUUUGUUAUAUAUUUAUAUUAUACACUUUUACUUUAUAUAUUUUAAAUAUAUAAAUAUAUGUAAGUAGAUUAUAUAUUUGUUUAGAGAUAUUUAAUAUAUUCUAUUUAUUUAUUAAAUUUCUAUGCAUAUAAUUAUUUAUUACAUUUAAAAAAUUAUUUUAUGUAAAGAAUCUAUAAAAUUCUUUAUAUCAAACUUUUCUUGUUCAUAUUAGCCUGGUUUCUCCCUCCUGAUUAGACCCAGACUGAUACAGCCAUUGGGUAUACUGUACAACUGAUUUAUAGAAGACAGAUUUGGGCAAUUGUGUGGUUGCUUUUUUUCUUUUCCUUUUUUUUUUUUUUAACCUUUGCCAUCUCUUACACCUGGGACACCAUACCCAAGAAUAAGAGCAUGUUGCAGGGAUGUAAGGUACAGCAUAGGCAGUAUAGUCAAUAACAUUUAAUACCUUUUUGUGGUGACAGAAGGUAACUAGGCUUAUUGUGGUGAUCAUUUUGUAAUCUGUGUAAUUAUCGAAUCCUUGUGUUGUACACCUGAAUCUUAUGUAGUAUUGUAUGUCAGUUUUACUUCAGUUUUAAAACUGUUAAAAAAUUUUUUGGUCAAUAAAAAGGGCUACAGCCUGCAA